AUGAUUAUUGUAUUCAUUUUAGGUAAUUCAUCUUUACUAAAAGUUUCAUUCACACUUUGUACUGUUAUAGUUGUCGGUUACUUCACCACAGUAACUACAGAAUCUUUCGCAAGAGAAACAUGGUCAAACCUUAUCCAGGACGUAUCCUUGAAACUAAACGAUUACAAAUCCAACGAGAAAAAUGAAAAAGAUAAUGGAUUUGGUGAAGGCUUCAUGUUAAUAUCAAAUAAUCGUCAACAAUCCUCGUCUAAAAAGCAUUCAGCAAAUCGUCUACUUUUAGUAAAUCGCAUAUCAACAUUAAAUAAUAUUUCAUCAACCACAUGCAAGACGAUAACAAAGGCUGAAAAUUCAAAUGAUACUCUUCUUCCAAGAAAAAUUCAUGCCGAUGAGCAACUACAUGGAUCACUGCCGAGUAACACUAACGAUAUUGUUCCGAGAAAAAUAUCAUUACAAAAUACACCAAAAGUAAAUGACGAUCUUGAUAUUAACAGUUACUUGGCCGUAAAUCCUGCUGAUUUGAGUAGACAACUGCUCGAAGAUGUAUCAGCCUAUGGUGGUAGUGGAGAUAUCACCGAAGAAACAACUCAAUAUACAUCAGAAACAACCACCAUGUCCAAUUUCACAACAUCCAUCCAACCGAACGAACACAAUUCCACUGUAACCGCUGAUAUAUACACGAGCACAAAUUCAGCUUCUACCGCGCCCACCACUGACACCUCAACAUCAAUAACACCUGAAUCCGGUACAAUGCCUACGGUUGUCACGACAGCAGGCACCACUGAUACAACGUAUACCAUUCAAAUCACUUUAACUUCAACUAUUCCCGGUUCAACAAUUACACUUACAUCAAUAACAGAAACCACAACCACUGAUACACGUACAACAGAACAACUAACAACAGGUACCGGUGCCACUGAUACUACAACGACGGGCACAGGCACAACAGAAACCACAACCACUGAUACACGUACAACAGAACCACUAACAACAGGUACCGGAACAACAGAAACAAUACCCACUGGUACCGGCACAACAGAAACAAUAACCACUGAUACAAGUGCAAGUGAUACUACAACCAUGGGUACAGGCACUACCCAAACAACCACUGCUCGUACAGGCACUGUCCAAACAACGACGACUGGUACAGGCACUGUCCAAACAACGACGACUGGUACAGGCACUAUCCAAACAACGACGACUGGUACAGGUACUGCAGAAACAACAACCACUAGUACAAGUCCAACUGAUACAAUAACCACGGGUACAGGCACUAUCCAAACAACCACCGCUGGUACGGGAACAGCAGUUGUGACCACAGUAGCUGGUACUUCUUCUGUAAGUAUCAGUGGCUUGACCUCUGCUACGCUUUGGACGGAUACGGCUAGUUCGACGACACCAGCAUCCACUUCGAUUUCCAGCAGUACCACUCGUGUCACUAGUACUACGGCGCGGCCAAUUGUGGCAAUAGGCUUGUCGAAUUCAACAAUUUUGAUCGUGAAGGUCAAUUGUACGAGUGUAAACAAUAAUGUGUCUGGGUUGUAUGAGAAGAUUAAUAGCACACUUUCGGGUAAAUAUCAUUUCAACAUAACACCGGCGAAUGAGAGUUCAGUUUGCGAUGGUUCUGGAAUUGCAGAAGUUAGUUUGGAGUUUCCGAACGAUUACAGUAUCUCAGAUGUGCAGGAUAUAUUGAGUGGCGUAAGGAAUGUUACAUCCGUUCUGGUUGCUGAUGUUACGUCAUGUUUUUUGAUCAAUGCAUGUAACUUAUGUGGAUUAGAUCCUGUGCGUGGUAGAUGUGAACCCGAAACUGGUGACAGCAAAUGCCGAUGUUAUCAGAAUCAAAAUGAUCCAUCAAGACCUUAUGUAGGUGAUUUUUGUGAAGAAUCAAGCAUAAUACCAAUAAAAGCUGAUAAUAAUCCUUCAUGGGUUCCAAUAAUUGUUGGUAUUCUAGCUGGUUUAGCUGGUCUAUUUUUUGCUAUGACUUGUUGCCUUUGGUUUGUAGCUGGUUAUCGUCGUCGGCGUAAUCAUGACAAAGAUGAUGUGUUAAUUUUUCGCCGAUGGCAUCUACCAAGGGCUCAUGUACCAACACCAGUUUCAAAUGAAAAUAAUCCUGAUUAUAUGAAUAGUGCAAUGUCUACACCAAGCAGUAGUCGAACAUAUUCUAAUCCUGAUCAAACAAGUCCCGCCGACAGCACAUUCUUCAAAGAACUUGAUCAAAAGAUGGGUGAGAAUCUACGUGCAACAAUAGCAAGACCAAAUACAAGUGCUAUGUUAGCAAGUUUACCAUCAGACACAAUAUCGUUAACUAGCAGUUUUGAUCCUAUUGAUGAACUUGAUUCAAUUAUUGACAAUGAAGAUCUAAAUGUAACAUUUCACGAUCCAUUAAAUGAUUUAUUCGACGAUGAUGAUAUGCUUGAAGCCAUAAAUCCUAAUGUUAUGCUACCACGCCCAAUUGUUGACUCGAAGCCAUCGGGACUUUUUUCAGUAUGA